AUGAAGGAUCGAUCAAAUCAAAUACUCGAACCGCAAGAGUGUCUGGAGAUUAUCCAUAAAAAAUUGAAUGAAAACUCAAUGAGAGAAUUUUCUUUAAUAAAAUAUGAAAUUGUGCCUAUCCAACAGGCGAAUGGUUAUUUGGGUCAGUAUUUUUAUCUCAAGGUCUCAGUUGCCCGACCAGAGUCACCGACCGAUAGAAGGCAUAUGAGAUUUUUCAUUAAAAUUCGCCCACCAAAAGGUACAAAACAAUAUGAUGUCGUUUGCAAUAGUGGAAUGUUUAAUAGAGAAAUUGGACUUUACACGAGAAUAUUCCCUGAGAUUUGCAACAAAACUGAUAAUGAUUAUUUACCAACAUGCUACUUGGGACUUGAGAACGAUGUCCUUGUGCUCGAGGACAUGACUUUAAAGGGUUUUCAUAUUUUCGAUGAAAAAUUGGAUUCCCUCGAUAUUGAUCAUUGUAAAAUAGUGAUGAACACAUUGGGAAAAUAUCACGCGAGAUCUGUUAUUUUCGAAGAGCGAAAUAAAAUGAGUUUACUAGAUUUUUGCCGAGAGAAAAAAAUUGCCAUCCGAUCGUAUGAUGGACCACCACCAUCUGUUUUCACGAUUGGAGUUAAAUGUGCCUUAUCUGUCAUUGAUUGUAUAACUGAAAUGGAAUCUUCGACUCGUGAUAAAUUGAAGGCAUUAGUGAAUAAAAUCCAAGCGGAAAUGCAUAAAAUGCUUGUUCCUUCCGCUAAAUAUAGAAAUGUUCAAUUGCACGGCGAUUUAUGGACUAACAAUUUGUUAUUCAAAUAUAAUGCUGAUGAAAAACCUGUGCAAUGUUGUUUUAUAGACUUUCAGAAUACUAGAUAUGCGCCGCCGGCCUAUGAUAUAUUGGUUUUCCUAUUUUACACAACUACUAGAGCAAUGAGAUCCGAACACGGCGAUACUCUCUAUAAAAGUUAUUAUUCGUCUUUCGAAGAGUGCUUGCAACUUGAAAAUAUUGACAUGAAGCAAGUAUUCACGUGGAAUGCAUUCAUAGAAUCUAUUAAUGAAUUUAAAAUUUUUGGAUUGCUCCGUGCCAUUAUUGCGUUGCCAAUUAUAUUGUCCGAUAUGCAAACGAUCGGUCAUGAAACAUCGCAAUUAUGGUCAAGUAUUUCCAAUGAGACUCUGUCAUUUUAUUCAAAUCAAUUCAAGACAAACAAACGUUUCAAGAAUAGAAUGCUCGACAUUUUCUCUGAACUAGAAUGCUUUCUGUAA